UUAUCUACACUAGAUGGCAUUGUUCCUAUGUUUUGAUUGUGAUUUGAUUUUUUGAUUCAUCUAAAAUCAUCUAACUCAAAAUAGUAGACUUAAUUCAGAGGUAAUUUCAUUUCAAGUUAGCUGUACAAUUUAAUAAAAAUGAAGUUUGCUGAACAUUUGGCGGCUCUUAUUACUCCAGAAUGGCGAAAACAAUAUAUACUCUACGAAGAGAUGAAAUACAUGUUGUACAGUGCAAUGGAAAGGCAACCAUCACCGGAAGUUGCUGAUCGAGAUGAGAUAACUCGGUAUAAUAAAGCAUUUGAUGAGGAAUUUUUGAGCUUUUGCGAAAAAGAAUUGGCCAAAAUAAAUAUAUUUUUCGCUGAAAAACUGGCCGAAGCAACUAGAAAAUUUUCAACCCUCAAAAAUGAGCUCAAUCUGAUUAAAAGUAAAUUUGACACUUUUCCUCGUCGCGAUGAAGAUGGCAAUUUUCGCAGCAUUUUUAAUGCCAAAGACUUUAUUUUACAAAAAGCUGAUGAGAGACAUCGCAAUCGUAAGUUGCGAGAAUUAAAAUUGGGUUUCUCUGAAUUUUACCUUAGCCUUGUGUUAUUACAAAGUUACCAGAACCUGAAUUUUACUGGAUUUGUCAAGAUUCUCAAGAAACACGAUAAACUGUUAGGGAACGAUGAAGGUCUCAAAUGGAGAAGAGCUCAUGUCGAAAAUGCACCUUUCCAUUUGAAUAAAGAGAUUCACAAGUUGAUCGAAGAAACGGAAAAUCUGUUUACUCAAGAAUUAGAGGAAGGACAUCGACAGAGAGCAAUGAAGCGUCUUCGAGUUCCCCCAUUGAAUGACCAACAAAGCCAAUGGACUACAUUUAAAGUGGGCUUCUUUUCAGGAGCGUUUGUCAUUUUACUUGCAAUUGUAUUGAUUACUGGAGUAUUCCGAGACCCUCAAAAUAAUCUCACAAUUACUUUUCGCCUUUACCGGGCAACCUUUUUGGUGAUACUUUUUCUAUUCUUAAUGGGUAUCAAUGUUUAUGGCUGGAGAACCUCAGGCGUCAAUCAUGUUCUUAUCUUUGAACUUGAUCCAAGAGAUCAUUUAUCGGAGCAACACAUUAUCGAAAUUGCAGCUAUUCUAAGUGUCCUAUGGUCUACUUCGGUAAUAUCUUAUCUUUACAGUGAUUAUCUUCAUAUACCCAAGAUAAUCAAUCCGUUGCUUCUGGUUCUGUUUAUGUUGUUCUUUCUUUUUAAUCCAACUGACACUUUUCAAAGAAAUGCACGAUUCUGGUUCCUCAGAAUAAUGGGGAGAUGUUUAGCAGCCCCAUUCUGCCGGGUUAAGUUUGCUGACUUUUGGUUAGCUGAUCAGAUGAAUAGUAUGUCACCAAUAUUUGUCGAUAUCCAAUAUUUUAUUUGCUUUUACAUCUCAGUGUUUUCAUCUGGUGCCAUAGACAACUGGUAUUCAAGUCAUGAGCGAUGUUCAGGUGGAACCAAGGUUGAAUUAAUUACUCGAGCCGUUUUAAAUUGUCUUCCAGCUUGGUUUAGAUUUUGUCAAUGUUUAAGACGUUACUAUGAUGACAACCGAGGACCUUUUCCCCAUUUAGUCAAUGCUGGCAAAUAUUCAACAACUUUUUUCGUCAUCCUAUUCUCAUCUUUAACCAAAGCUUAUCAACCCAAUUAUGAUGAAUCAACUGACAAUCCAUUUUUCACUCUCUGGAUAAUUGCUCUUAUAAUCAGCUCUUGUUACACUUAUAUUUGGGACAUUAAAAUGGAUUGGGGUCUAUUUGAUUCGUCCAGUCCAUCCGAGUAUCCAUUUUUACGGGAAGAAAUGGUCUAUUCCUCACCAGUCUUCUAUUACUUUGCCAUUUGUGAAGAUUUAAUUCUUCGCUUUGGCUGGACAUUAUCUGUUUCACUCACAGAAAUUGGUGUUGUCCAUGCUGACCUGAUGGUCUCCAUUUUAGCUCCCCUUGAGAUAUUUAGACGCUUCAUUUGGAACUUUUUCCGCCUUGAAAAUGAACACCUCAACAAUUGUGGUGAAUUCAGAGCUGUAAGAGAUAUCUCAAUUGCUCCAAUUGAUGCCGGUGAUCAAGCUAAAUUAAUUAAAAUAAUGGACGACCCUGAUGGUGUUACCAAUAGAAAAAAUAAACCACGAAAAUCAAUCAAAAUUAAUCAACAUUAUAAAAAUUCAUUGCAAAGUGCCAACAUAAAGAUUGACUAACCGUUUUUUUGUAACUUGGCAAAACAUAAUUUUUUAUGUCCAACAUAAUCUAAUCAUUGUUUUUCAUCAUGUUUACCUUGGCAAUUAUUUUUACUUGUUGAUUAGAUUUGAUUACCAUAAGCAUCAACUCAUCAAUUCAUCAUAAUAUCGCAAUUUAUAGAUCAUAGAUAGUUUAAUAUUUCAAACUACUUAUUAAUAUAAUAUCAUGUUCAACUAAUUUUUUGAUUCCUCAAUUUUCCUUCUCCUUUUUCAAUUCCAAUUCAAUCUCAAGUCCCAAUUUGCAUUUUAAUAACACUUUUGUAAAAUUUAAACAAUUUUUCUUGUUCAAAAAUUAUAUCUAAUCCGGUUGAUCAAUAAAAAAAUUUUAAU